AUGCCUCCUCAGCCGAGCGGUAAGGCCGUGAAGAAGGCCGGCAAGGCGCAGAAGAACGUGCGCGCCACCGACAAGAAGAAGAAGAAGCGCCGCGGGAAGGAGAGCUUCUCCAUCUAUAUCUACAAGGUGCUGAAGCAGGUGCACCCGGACACCGGAGUCUCCAGCAAGGCCAUGUCUAUCAUGAACAGCUUCGUGAACGACAUCUUCGAGCGUAUCGCCGCGGAGUCGUCCCGUCUGGCUCACUACAACAAGCGCUCGACCAUCACGAGCCGGGAGAUCCAGACUGCCGUGCGUCUGCUGUUGCCCGGCGAGCUGGCCAAACACGCCGUGUCCGAGGGCACCAAAGCCGUCACCAAGUACACCAGCUCCAAGUAGGCGACCGAGCGCUCGUCCGCCCAGCCAACACCCAACGGCUCUUCUCAGAGCCACCCAAAGUGUCUGCAUUGGCAAUGGGAUGUAGUGAGAAUCUCGACAAUUCCGCCCGUUCCCUCUGUUCGACGCUUGCUCGUUUGCAAACACCCGGCGAGCGCUGUCGGCCAACGCGUUCUCAUUGCGACAGCGCGCGUGCUAAAAGUUUUG